ACGAAAUAUUUGGACGCUAAUUCCGUAUCGGAGUCGCAAUCGGUUUAUGUACGCCACCUCACGGCGGCGUUUUCUUACGAUGACCUGUAGAUUUCAGUACCGUCACGAAAGUAUUAAUCCAUAGUCAAACCCAAUUUUACCUUAUUCUAUGCCAAAAAGCUUGGACUCUUCUCCAUUCUACGUUUUUUCCUUUCCUAUAAAUUCUGCAUUCAUCGCCGGUUGACAUUGCUCGCCAUCGCCGGUACUCACAAGGAACAAUAACAAAUCCAAUAGGAUAACGGAGCUCCUAGUUGAGCAUAUUCAAGUUUCCAGGUCAUGGAUGGAAAAAAAUGGUUAAAGGUGGUUAUUUUUCUAUGCUUAAUUGCGGUUUCAACUGGUAGAGAAUUCAAAGUGAAGGCCAAGAACAAGCAUCAUGCAGCUAUCUACAACCACACCCUUGCCACCAUAUUAGUGGAAUAUGCUUCAGCAGUCUAUGUGUCUGAUUUGACAGAAUUAUUUGCCUGGACAUGCUCAAGAUGUAAUGAUUUAACCAAGGGAUUUCAAAUUCUAGAGCUCAUUGUUGAUGUGCAACGAUGCCUUCAGGCAUUUGUAGGUGUGGCACAGGAUCUUAAUGCCAUUGUUAUUGCAUUCAGAGGCACUCAGGAAAGCAGCCUACAGAAUUGGAUUGAAGAUCUAAACUGGAAGCAGCUUGAUAUAUCUUAUCCAGGAAUGGAAGAUGCAAUGGUGCAUCAUGGAUUUUAUUCUGCUUAUCAUAACACGUCAUUGCGUCCAGGAGUGCUAACUGCUGUUAAAAGUGCGAAAGAGUUCUAUGGAAAUAUUCCAAUUAUAGUGACUGGACACUCAAUGGGAGGGGCUAUGGCUGCUUUCUGUGGCCUGGAUCUCACCGUGCAUCUUGGAUGCCAGAAUGUUUCGGUUAUGACAUUUGGACAACCACGAAUUGGUAAUGCUGCAUUUGUGUCCUACUACAGAAAACGGGUCCCCAAUACAAUUCGUGUUACAAAUCGUCAUGAUAUUGUGCCUCAUUUGCCCCCUUACUAUCAAUACUUCCCUCACAAAACUUAUCGCCAUUUCCCUAGAGAGGUCUGGCUUUAUGAUCUUGGCUUUGGAAGUUUAGUUUAUACAGUUGAAAAGGUCUGCGAUAAUUCUGGGGAGGAUCCUUCUUGCAGCAGGUCGGUGAAAGGCAACAGUGUUAAGGAUCAUGUGAGAUAUUUUGGUGUAAAAUUAUCAUGUGAUGUAUCAGCGGGGUGCAGAAUUGUGAUGGGUAAUGGUCUAGCAUCGUAUCGCACAACAGACAAUGAUGGAAAUGUCAUCUUCUCCAGAAAUAUAUCUUCUUCUGUUUUGAGAAUGAAUGUGGAGUCUAGUGAGGAAGGGAAAUCAUUAUAGAGAUGAUUGGGAUUACCACUUGACUCUCCAAAAUUUGGGAGAGCUGAAGCAGAGUUUCCCACUUUAAGGCUUAAAUAGGAAAAAUGUAUAGCUAGUCAAACUAUGCCAGUUGUGUCCUUUUGCUUGGAAGGGCGAUGUGUAUAUAGUUCCUUUUAUUUAACUUUGUUUUUGUUAUCGUUUUUUACAUCUUAUCCAUGUAAAUAAAAAGAGAUAUAUGAUUAAUGUUCUGUAAAUUCGAAAACGUA